CACUGCUCACUGCCGUGCGCCCGUGCUCACUGCCAUAGACAAGUAUACUAUGCUAAAUAAUACUUCUCGUCUAAGCUGCUGACUGUGUAUUCUAUAUUUCUAUAAUUCUAUAGCAGUUUUAUUUAUUUAUCUAUAAAGUAUAAACCCUAGGUUUGAGAGUUGAGAUAAAAUAUAUAUAGGUAACCACUUGUUUUGAUUUUACCGGUCAUAAUAAAUACUAUUAGUGCUAUGAACGUUCCCGAUAUCAGCUGAAUGGGACAAGGACUCUGACUCCGAGGUUAAAUUGUUUGAUUUGCAGAUAAAAGAUUCCAUUGUUAUUGGUACAGCUAUUGACUUUCAACUCAAAGAUCAAAGUAUGAGCUGGAAAGACAAAUAUAUCAAUUAUUAUCAACAUAGUGUCACAAAUACUAGUAACAAUGGCAGUAAAUCUGAUGAUAAUGUUGUCAACAAUGGAACACCAGACAGAUGCCAUUUAUCCAAUCCUAAAAAUCAUUCUGUAAGAAACCAACGUAUAGUUAUCACAUACUCCAAUGUUGAAGAUGAUGAACUUAAAGUGCUACAAGAGUUGAUAGAUGUGUUUGAUUUAUACGCAUACAUAUCGUGGGAUGAUAGAGUUACACAUUUAAUUGUAAAAACUCUCCCGUCUGGUAGAUGUAUUCGUACAAAAAAAUUUAUGAAUGCAUUAUUAUUUAACUGCUUUAUCAUUACUAUGGACUGGGCCAAAAAUUGUUUAUCUUCUAAGACAUUGCUGCCAGAGGUAGAUUAUAUACCACUUGAGUUUAGUGGUGAACCAUCGCCAUUGGUGUCUUGGCGCGUGGGACGGGGAAUUAUUGCUUCACCGAUGGAAUGGACUGGAAAUUGCAUUUUAUAUCUUCAUAGUUCUAUUGAAUUUAAUAAAUCAAAUACGGAUAUUAUUUUAUGGGCUCGAAGAGCUGGUUUUGUGUUAACCAAUGAUUUGAAAGAGUUUAAAAACGACUUCAAAUUGCGAAUUAUAUUGGCCGAUCAAAUCUCUUCAUGUACUGAUGUUCGAUCUAAUUUACCCAAUACAACAGAAAUCACAAGUUGGAUAUGUAACUAUAAAGGUGUAACAUUAUUCUUAGAUUGGUUUCUUGAAUGUUUGUUUCGAUACCAAUUUGUUGUAAUUAAUCAAUAUUACCAGAUUAUGAAACUAAAUCCAAACAUAGUAGAAUUUGCCGAUAUGGACGAAUCUCUAUUUGAAUUUGAAAAUUGUUGAAUAAUACAUUUUUCCAUUACUAAAUUAAAUAUUUGAAACAAAAAAAAUUAUUUUUGAAAUUAAUAGGAGGUAUGUACCCAUAACAAAAGUUUUUAAUUUUAUUUAAAGUUAUGUAUAAGUUUAUAUAAUUCAUAAAUCAUAAUAGAGUACAAAUGAUAGUACAAAAUCUAGACACAUAGAUAGAACAUUUUAUUGAAUAGUUUUAUCCCAGUAAGGAUUAGAAUGUUAAAUUACUUUAAAAUGGAUUUGACUUAAAAAUAUUAAUAAUAAUAUUAUUGAUUAUUUAUUGAAUACAAAUAACUUUUGAUUGAUUUUUAUUAGUAUAAUCCAUAUUAAGAUAUUAUAUUUGAGUUUCCAACUAGAAACAAUACAUAUUCAUAUUUUUCCUUAACUUAAUUUUUUCAUUGUACAUAAAUACAUGAUUAUUCAACUAAAACAAUUUAUUUGAAAACAUUUUAUAUUUAUGUCAAACACUAAGUGUAAUAAAUUAUUUGACAUAACACUAUUUAAAAGUUUUGUCUUAAAUUAAUUUUUUUUUCCAAUCAUGCCGUGCAUAAAAAAAAUUUAAUAAUGGCCCGGGCAUAGUUGGCUCAUUUUUCGAUCACCUCGGAAAGAAUUUUACUAAUCAAAAAGGCUCGGAUUUUGAAGAAUAUACUUUUUUUUUUAUAUAUGAGAUGAGAUAGAAAUAUAAUUUUAUAUAUAAAUUUGUUUUAUGUCAUUCUGAUAAACCAAUUUUUUUUUCAUUGCUUUUUAAAUUUAAAUUUAAAAAUAAAGAGGGAAACAAUUUAGUGUCAAUUUAGGAUCGUUAAAGGAUAUAGAGAUUCGAAAAAAAUACGCAGCUGAAAUUAGCAGUUUAAGAAACUACGUGGGACUAGAUGUAACUCAGAAUGGAACCAAGCCACAAAGAUUAUUAAAGAAGUGGUUCGAAAAAAUAUAGGAAAAGACAAAAAUGGAAAACAAAAAGAAUAAAUGAUUUAACGAGAUCUGCUGUAGAGCAACUGAGAAGUGGCACAUGGUGAGAGAAAAUUAUAAUAGAUCAGGGAAUCAAAAUGAUAGAAAAAUAUGAAAAGGGACUAAAAACCAAACGUGUGUUGCUUAAAGAAAAUAUUUUUUCUAAAUGGAAUAUUGCAAGAAGCAAAAAAGGAUAGAUCGCAAGGUAGCAUUAGAAAUUUUUCAGAAUCAUCAAACAGUGCAGAUCAUUCAACUCAAUCCUAAAAACCGUAAAGAACAGUGAGGAAACGACUGCACUUAUGGAGCCAGAAAAUAAAAUAAUAAAAUGGUGAGAAUACUUUGCAGAUCUAUUGAAUGGCACUAUACUUCCAAAUGUUAUGGAAAAUACAACUAUUUAGAAAGUGGAACCGUUGGUUAAAGAAAUAUCCAGAGAUGAAGUCAGGAAAGAAAUAAGGAACUUUACAAAUUGGAAGGCAUCGGGUUCGACAGCAUACUAUCGGCACUCAUAAAAUAUGAUGGAGAAGAUGUGUAUAGCUUUAUUUUCAAGAUAUGUUAUAGAGUAUGGCAGAAGAAAACAAUGCCAGAUAACUGAAAUGAAGGAAUACCACUCCACAAGAAGGGUGAUGAAACCAAAUUUAGCAAUUAUAGAGGGAUAUCAAAUUCGGUAUAUUAGGUAUUCUCUAAAAUCCUAUUAAACCGCCCAAUGGUUGCAGAAGAAUUCUUGGGUAAAUACCAGAGUGGAUUCCGCAAAGGUAGAUCAACCAUAGAAAAAUGAUCGUUAAUAGCACGUAUAAUAGAAAAUAAUAUGAGUACUGCACAUGUGACAAAUGUUUGUUGACUUUAGGAAAGCCUACAAAAGCAUCUAUAAAAAUAGUCUUUAUAACAUAAAACUAUUUGAAAAUAAAAUUUGGAGAAGAAUUUGUGGCCAGUUACUGCUUAGGAAGUUCAACCAACCAAGAACUGAAGAAACAACUAAAAAUUAUAACAGUAAAUAGAUUCAUAAAAUAUCAGAGGAUACAAUGGCUGGUCAUGUAAUGAAGCGUAAUGCUGAGGCAUUAACCAAGGUAGUAUUGGAUUGGAAGCCGGAAAGAAAAAUCUCACGGGGUUGCCCUCGGAAGAGGUGAAUUGAUGGAGUGGAAAAAGAUUUGGAAGACCUUGGAGCCCGGAAUUGGAGGGAGAUAGUACAGGAUCGAGAGAGGUGGAAUGAUUUAGUGAUGGUGGCAAAAACUCUUGGAAGGUAAUAAAAGCCAGAAGAAGAAGAAUGGAGAUAUGCAACUGUAAAUUAAAUGGAUUCUUUCAAAAAACAAAGACUGGAAACAAUUACAAGACAAAACUGUAUGGUACCAUCCUGUUUGGUUUUUCAUCAAAUAUUGAUUAUCAUGGGUUUGAUUUAAACAAAACAUCUUGUAUGCGCACCAAUCUCUUCAAUGGAUGUGGAGUGUUCGUUUUCAAUGUAUAAAAACACUUUGUCUGAUAAUAGUCAGUUUCACAACUGAAAAUCUAGA